AUGGGGAUUACCCAGGUUACUGGGGGAUACGAAAUCGAUCUGGCCGACCCGCUCCCAGGAGACUUUCAAUAUGACGCGACAGUUCAGCAGACUUGCACUUCCACUGACGGGACUCAGGUCAGCGGUUCUUUUUCUCCUUUUGUUGGUGGUUGCUGUUGCGCAUGUGGCACUGAUUGCUGCGAGUCAACUGAGGUGUGCACUCUGUACCCCAACGGCACUGGUGUGUGUUCAAAUGCUGGCCCGUACCCCGAGUUCUCGACUCCAGCCCCGACCGUCGGGGCCAAGGGCGACCCGCACUUGGUCAACCUUCAAGGAGAGCACUUCGACAUCAAUCACGAAGGCACGUUCACGCUGCUCCGCUUCCCACAGGCCGCCGAGACGCCGGCCGAGUUCUCGUUCCAGGCGGUCGUCCAGGCGGACGUGGGGAAGCCGUGCACCACCUACAUCACCCGCGUGGCACUCUCGGGCGCCUGGCUCGGCGGCAGGUCCGUGGAGGUCCGCUGCUACCGCAGGUCCCACUCGAACGACACCGACGCUUUCCUCGGCGCUCGGCUGCUCGACGGCAGCGGCGACCCCCCCUGGCAGACCAUCGAGGAGUUCGACACGAAGGAUCUUGUGCUCUCCGACUCGGAAUCGGACAUCGAGGUUUCGCUGGACAAGUCGGCCUGGUUCCCCAAGAAGCGCUCAAAAGCGGGCCCGACUGCGGCUGGCAUGUUCACCCUGUCUCUGCGCAACAAGAAAAGCCCGACUGCCGCCAAAAUCACCAUGCGCCAGGACUUGCCCGAGCAGGAGCACCUCAACGUGGCAGUGCGGCAGUUGUCCCAACUUGGCCGUGUGGACGUCGGCGGCCUACUCGGCUUCGAUGCACACCAAGAGAGCCUCGAGCGUCCCUCUGCCGCGUGCGUCCAUCACAGAGCCACGGCGCGCUACCGCAUCGAGAGCCAGGACGACGCGGACCACGGCUAUUACUUCCGGCCAGCGUGGAAGGAUCGUUGGGACAAGGCUCGCACAGGGAGGAGUUCGCGAGACAACGAGGCGGCCGCCAGCUUAAUGGGCAGAUUUGAUGGCCAGAGCGGCCUGGACAAUAUGAUGUGCAAGUGCCCGAGCAAUCCGCACGGCGACGCCACUGGCAGCAUGGAAGGAGUACUCGUCGAGGAGGCGAGCUUCAUGUUCGCCAAGGCGUCUUGGGAGUAG